GUAACGCGAAGCAAGGGCCGCAAGCGCUGUUUCGUAUAUACGAACGCAAUGUCCAACUGCUCGCUUUGUAGCUAGUCGCCUUCAAGGCUAACCGAAGGAGACAGCGCAGCCGCAAGCGCUAAUGCAUACCAUGAAUGUGGCUUUUACUCAGCUUCUUUUGUUUCUUCUUUUGGUUGGCUGUAGCUGCUCGCCAGAUCCAGGCCCCAAAGCUCUGUUGACUAAAGUGUUUGGACAUAGCCAGCUCUUCAUCAGCACAGAAGAUGACAACUUAGACACAUUAGACAACUUAAGCUUACUGUUGCGAGUCGUUAAUGAAGCACGACCGCGCAAUGCGCCUGGAUUCCAGUUCGGCGCUGGCCGCUUUUGCCGGGGGCAAAUCACAGCAUAUCCAACGCUGGACGAGUCCAACAUAGAAGCUUGGUUUCAACACGCAAGUGCAUUCCUAGAUGCGCAUGCCAACGGGACAUGGACGGUGUUCCCAUUAAACCAUUCCGAACCCGUGCAAGUACCCCGCACGGCCGUAAGUGCUGUACCGGUGGUAAGGAGGUUCCUCCUGGCUCAGCUGGCAGUGGCGUGGCUGACCACCCUGCAGCGGCAGCUACCCGCCAGGCUGGAGCCCCACCUUGCUCGCUUGGUGCAGCAAUUGUACGACAUCCACCGAGACUCUGUCGUACAACGUGGCGUUUUGGAGUACUUCCACAUCUCCAAGUCAGGUGGCACCAGCUGGAAUGCGGCUGCAGCCUCCAAUGGCUGCGUGCUACCCCGCACGCUGGGUCAACAUGUGCGGGGUUUCGGAGACGAGUGUCGCUGGAUGAACCGAACAGUGUACCGGCAGGUGUCACAGGGGCAUGCCGUACUGUGGGCCCGCUGGGGUCAGGUGGCUCGCCCCCCUGGCGGCAGCGGCUGCCGGCAGCGCUUCUCCCGGGUGGUGUCGGAGGGGCUGAGCUACUUCUCCAACGAGUACACACUGCAGGGC